AUGUCGCCUACUCCACCAUCUACCUCCUCGAGCGUUGGCGCCGUUUCGCCAGAAGGUCAGUUUAGGGUCAUCCGAAAGCGAAACAGGGUGCCACUUUCUUGCGGCCCCUGCCGGCAUAGAAAACUGAAAUGCAACCGCGCCCACCCAUGCGAGAACUGCGUAAAGCGAGGCGAUGCUUCUUCGUGUACCUAUGCUCAAGUAAGCGCGCGAAGGAAGAAUUCAACACAGACCUCAGCCUCGAGUUCCCCAGAUGAUAUGCAGAACAGAAUAGACCGACUCGAGAGCUUGGUACUGUCCCUGAUGACCAACGGAUCGCAGUCCGCAGGUCCGGCAGCUGCAAUGGCAGCAAUUUCCGGAACCAGCAGUAGUGGAGGCUCCCUCAUUCAGGGUCACGACAUCGAUCUGGACGAGGAGACAUCAAAUGCUCCGGAGGAGAGCGAUACGGAGCAAGUUACCAAGUCAUUUGGUAUCAUGAAAGUCGACAACAAUAAAUCAUACUAUAUCAGCGAUGCGCACUGGGCUUCUGUCCUCAACGAUAUCGCCGAAGUUCGUAAUUACUUCCACACGCACAAGAAGCAGUAUGAGGAGCAAGCAGAGAAGCUCAAGACAACCAAGCUGCCGAGCGAUGUCCCGGGCUCCACCCUGCUUCUUGGGGCCAUGAAGCCUGCCAGCCGCGCAGAGAUUAUGUCUUCCUUUCCCUCGAGAUAUACAACAGAUAUGCUUAUUGCUCGCUAUUUCAAUAGCUAUGAUCCAGCGACUCUUAUUCUUCACGGUCCGACGUUUCAAGCUCAGUAUAACAAACAUUGGGAAGAUCCUUCUCAAACGUGCAUCGUCUGGGUGGGCAUGCUGUUCGCCAUGAUGCGACUCGCUAUGCUGUCAUAUAACCAAGAAGGGGACGAGCCACCCGAGUUUCGAGGGAAAUCCUUGGACAUGGCUGGAACUUUUCGAAACCUGGUCGCUCAAUGUCUGACUCUGGCCGAUUAUACCAAACCUUAUCCCUACCUGAUCGAGACAUUCAUCUUCCAUCUUCAUGGUGACUUUCGUCAAACGAAGGAAGCAGAUGUUUCUGUCUGGGUGCUUGUAGGUGUCGUCGCGAGGCUAGCGAUGAGAAUGGGCUACCACCGGGACUCAAAAGUUUUCCCCAACAUUAGCCCAUUUCAAGGUGAGAUGCGCCGACGCGUAUGGGCUUUCGUGCGGCAAUCGGACUUGCUCUUUUCGUUUCAGGUUGGGCUUCCUAGCAUGAUUCGCACUGUGGAUAGUGAUACGGAGCUUCCGCGGAAUCUAUAUGAUGAUGAUUUCGACGAAAAUUGCAAGGAACUUCCUCCCUCACGACCGCCGAAUGAACCGACACCUAUCUCUUACCUCAUUGCCAAAGCCCGUCUGGCGUACGUAUUUGGCCGAGUUACCGAGCUCGCCUCGAGUGUGCAGAGUGAAUCUUACGACAAGGUGAUGGAGUUGGAUGCUGAGCUUCGCCGUGCUCGGGACCUGAUUCCGGAGCAUCUUGUCGUUCGUCCUUUUGAGGAGUGUCAGUUGGACCCGUCCAAUCUGAUUAUGUCGCGCUUCGGUAUAACGAGCGUCUACCAUAAAGCGCAGUGUGUCCUCCACCGGCCUUAUAUCGUUCUAGCCCGUGGAAAUCCCCGAUUCACCUACUCACGCAAGGCUUGCAUCGAUUCAGCCAUGGAGCUGCUGCGGUUUCAGUCAAUGCUACAUGCGGAGACAAGGCCGACGGGACGUCUGCGCACAAAACAGAAUCGCGUAAAUUCCCUCAGCUCCAAUGAUUACUUGCUUGCUGCAACUAUUGUCUGCCUUGACCUGUAUCAUGGACUCAAAUUGCAAGCCGGUGGAAGAGAUUCCGGCGACGCCUUUGCGUGGGGCAGGGAGCGACGACAGGAGAUGAUCGUGGCAUUGCAGCGUUCUCGAGAGAUUUGGGAUGAACUUCGUGACGAGUCACUUGAAGCUUGGAAAGCCGCUGGCGUUAUCGGGGUGAUGCUUGCCAAAUUGAAUUUAGGGCUUCCAGACAGUAAUGCCACUGCGCCGGCCUUCGAACCUCAGGAUGAGAAGCAGAGCGCCGCAAUGACUUUGGGAUUGUUGAGCAGCGGACUGAGCGCCGUAAACUCAGGAUCCCCAGCAUUCAAUGAAACUGGUUUCAAAAUGUCAGAAACGCCUUCUGCCCCGGGGGCAUUGGGGACCACGGCUGAGGUGCCCGGAGCUCUGUCCCCGUUCAGCACAAUGUUUGGACAAUUGCCUGAUAUGCAGCUGAACUUGGACUGGGAUUCUUGGGACACUUAUAUUCAGAGUUCGAAUCUCGACAUACCGAACCAAUGGUGGCCGACGUUCGAUGGACAGCAGCAGCAACCAUCACCACAACCGCCACUUCACCCAUCAUUACAAGGUCAGGGGUCCUUGUCAGCAACACAAUUACCCUCCCUGCAGCAAGGCAACACUGCAGAUAAUAUGCGACCUUUGCCUCGCUUUUCCAAUGUCUUCUCGCCAGACCCGGUGAAAUAUGAGAGUCCGGGCCUUAACGGGCCUUACGACAACAAUUCUUCUCAAAAAAGUAUUGCUUUCGGCGAGCAGCCAGUCGCCUCCUGUCUCUGCCGGUCACCGCGCCGGCGUGGUCAGCCAGGGCCCUCGCACCUCGCGUUCCUCUACCCCGACAACACCGCCAGCCGGGAUCCCACGAGCUCACCAGAGGACGAGGAUCAUGAUCCUUCCGAAAUCAUUUCGGCUGAGUCCGAUGCUCACGAUGAGCAGCCUCUGAAACCUAAGAAGCGGUUCCGAGUCAUGGAACGUCCCCCGCCGCCUAAAGAGAGAGUAUACAUUGGUAAUCUCUUCUAUGAUGUGACGGCGGAAGAUUUGAAGAACCACAUGCAGAAGUUUGGUGUUGUGCAGAGAGUCGAUCUCAUCACUGAUCACCGAGGAAUGAGCAGAGGGUUUGCAUACGUGCACUUUGACUCUACUGAUGCCGCCAGACGUUGCGUCGAGGCUAUGCAUUUGCAAGCCUUUGAGGGCCGCCGUGUAAUCGCGCAAUUUGCGAGCAGCGGGGGCGGAUCCAAGCCCUUGCAGCCCGUUUCGAGGACGCUGUACCUCGGCAACCUGUCGUUUGAGAUGACCGAUCGGGAUCUGAACGAGCUCUUCAAGGAUAUCGACAAUGUGAUCGAUGUUCGGGUAUCGAUUGAUCGACGCACAGGGCAUCCUCGCGGCUUCGCUCAUGCAGAAUUCCUCGAUGUCGAGAGUGCUCAGAAGGCUUUCGAGAUUCUCAGUGGGAAGGCACCUUUCGGUCGACGAAUCCGCGUGGACUACAGCAAUACCAACAGGAAGGGUAAUCGUAUCGAGGAGGCCCCAGAGGAGCAUUAA